AUGGAGAGCUUCGACGACGUGACCCUGAUCGGCCCAGUAUCAGACCCCGCGGUACACGAUGAACAUAUUUCCUCAAACAACCAUGAAACAAAGACAAGGAAACCCGGCGUGGAAUCGGGUGGCACGGGCACCCCCACCUCCAGCCAGUCGGUGAAUGCAGGCCGUGCCCAACUGGAAGGAGCUGGUUCUGAGAUAGUGGAGGCACCAACAAUUUCACCAGAGUUUCCUCCCGAAGAGGAAGAUGAGGAGCCUCACGUUGCGACUUCCUUUGAGCGCGAGUCAUCACCUACUUCUGCGCAAAAACACAGAUUGGGAUUGGAGGGUGAAGAUGAGAGCAUCAACCGCUUGCACAAGUUUACUCUUUACGAAACUGCGACGAGGUUUUACAUGGUUGGCAUCAAUCUAGCCGAGACGCGUUUCCGAAUCUUGAAAAUAGAUCGCACCACGGAGUCGGGCGAGUUGAGCAUCAUCGAGGAUGAUGUGAUUUACACAAAGAGAGAAAUGGUUCAGCUGCUUGAUGCCAUCGACGAUGGCAACAAGAGUUCCGGUGGUCUGAAUCAGAAAUGCAGUGCCUGGGCGUUGCUCGGAUUUAUCCAAUUCACGGGCGCGUAUUACAUGCUUCUUGUCACAAAGAGAAGCCAGGUAGCCAUGCUAGGUGGUCAUAAUGUUUACCAAAUCGAUCAGACAGAACUCAUCUCAUUGACAACAUCGGACACAUCUCGCCUCAAACCAGAGAGCCAACCCGAUGAGGAGAGGUAUAAGGCCAUUUUGAAUAACCUUGACCUCACGCGAUCAUUUUAUUUCAGCUACUCCUACGAUAUCACGCGAUCAUUGCAGCACAACUUCUGCCGAGAACGCAAAGCACAUCAGGAUGGACUACCUCGGUUUUUACCUCAGGAUUACAAUACCAUGUUUGUGUGGAACAACCAUCUCCUUACUCCAGCGAUCGCAGCACUCAAGAACCCAUUUCAAUGGUGCCUUCCGAUUAUUCAUGGAUAUGUGGAUCAGAGUAAGAUGAGUGUAUUUGGAAGAUUAGUGUACAUUUCGAUCAUUGCUCGACGGUCUAGACUCUUUGCCGGUGCACGUUUCUUGAAGCGCGGUGCUAAUGAUCUGGGAUAUGUGGCCAAUGAUGUGGAAACUGAGCAAAUUGUUUCUGAGCAAACAACAACAUCUUUCCACUCCGCAGGGCCAACACUUCAUGCGAACCCCAAUUACACUUCUUAUGUUCAGCAUCGUGGGAGUAUUCCGCUAUAUUGGACACAAGAGAGCACCGGUGUCUCACCAAAGCCUGACAUCCAUCUAAGUCUCAUCGAUCCAUUCUACUCUGCAGCGGCAUUGCAUUUUGACAAUUUAUUCGAGAGAUAUGGAGCACCGAUUUACAUUCUAAACCUCGUCAAAGCUCGGGAACGGACACCAAGAGAGUCAAAGCUUCUUAAAGAGUUCACCAAUGCUGUGGAGUAUCUUAAUCAGUUUCUGCCUUCGGAUAAGAAGCUGAUAUACAAAGCGUGGGAUAUGAGCCGGGCGUCGAAAAGUCGAGAUCAAGAUGUUAUAGAAACUUUGGAAGGGAUUGCUGGAGAUAUCAUCCCAAAGACAGGGUUCUUCAAAAAUGGGGCCGAUGUCGAAUCAGGCUUACAGCUUCAAAAUGGCGUGGCACGUACCAAUUGCAUCGACUGCCUAGAUCGUACAAACGCAGCGCAGUUUGUAAUUGGCAAAAGAGCCCUCGGAUACCAACUUCAUGCUCUUGGGGUCAUCGAUGGGACAACAGUCGAGUAUGAUACGGAUGCUGUCAAUUUGAUUACGAACAUGUGGCAUGACCAUGGCGAUACCAUUGCCAUCCAAUACGGAGGAUCCCAUUUGGUCAACACCAUGGCCACAUACCGCAAAAUCAAUCAGUGGAGUAGCCAUUCGCGCGAUAUGGUGGAAAGCUUCAAGCGGUACUAUAAUAACUCUUUCCUCGAUGCUCAACGUCAAGAGGCUUACAACCUUUUCUUGGGCAACUACAUCUUCUCAGAUGAUGCCCCAAUGCUUUGGGAUCUUUCCACCGAUUACUACCUUCAUCAUGAAAAUCCCAGGUCCUAUGUCAAGAAAAAGCGACCAAAUUACAUUUCCUGGUACACGCCCGAACAUCUGAAAGAGCGAGAGAUUCCUCCACCCCCAGCUUGUCCCAAAGAGCCACUUUCCCGCUUCGACGAUUACUGGCUGGAAUACUAUCGCCCACUCGCACUUUCCACGCUCUCCAAAAUCUACUCUUACAAGAUGAACUCAACUCUCCGAUACCUGCCACAUAUUCGUGGAGGCAAUGUUCCCCCAAAUCUCAGCCCAUUUGUCCCACGCAUUACCCCAGACCAAGUCCAGCGCGACCGUCCACAGCGAACAGUGAAGAUCCAAGAACCAACAAACAGCCGCUCUACAACAUCAACCCCAACAAUCACGGGGUCUGGCCAGAGUUGGACACAUCAACCACCUUCAUCCUCCAAACAACCGCCUUCAGUUGGCAUCAUCAAAGAACCAACCUUUGAGUUGUACCAGGGAAACCGCAUCCCACCCAUAAAUCCAAACACUUCCACAGUCACCCCGAGCAAAGCACAGAUCGCUCAGUGGACACUCGGACAAUUAGUCACCGACUCUUUGAACCCGUCUGUCACUGCAACAGAAGCCGAGGAAUACGAACGAUACAUCAAUCACCCCCUUAAAGUCCCACUGGUCGUGACGUCCGAUAAUGAGGUGACAGCUGCCUCGCUUCGGGAACAUCAGCCAAAUUUAGAUCUUUUGGAAUAUGCGAACAAGUGCAAUGUUGAGGAUGCAGCUCUUGAAGCUAGUGCAGAGGGCAACUUGGCAGAUUAUGCGGAGUUUCUCAAUGUUUCGGAGGAGGGACUUACCGUCGUCAGUGAAGACUAUGAAAAGAAGAGGUACAAGAGGUACAAACAGUGGUUACGAGGAAAGAGUCUUUUCAAGCAACGUGUCGAUACGUGA